GAGGGAAUCUUCACAAAAAGCGAUAAGUUGAAACCGAACAUUGUUAACCUUCCCUCUUUUCUUCUCUCUUCUUUCUCUUUUUCUUUUUCAUCGUCAAGGAUCAUCCAAUUUUUGCCCAUCAAUUAAUUUUUGGAAUUUAAUUGUUUGCCGACUGUAAUUCUCAUCAAAAAUCAAAGUUAUUAACUUUUGUUUUUGAUUUAUUGUAUGAUACCAAGUUAUAGCAAUUGUAAUAACUUCAUUGGUCGAACAUGAAUGAAAGUGAUAUGUGGUGUAGUAGCCACCAAGUUCUUGAUUCAGCAAAUGGACAGCAAGUUCAGAAUCAUCUCCAACCUGAACCCUGCAUUCUUUUGGGAAGCACAUCUAAUUUUGUCCAGUCUCAUGCAAAUCAGGUUUUACCUCCAACUGGUAGUAUGAACAACUAUGAUAUCCAUCAUUUUCCUGAGCAUGUUGUUAGGCCAGCUUUUUAUGCGACGACACAGUAUACUCCACCUACUCGUCCUGCAACAAAUCAGCAUGACCUCUUCAAUGUAUACAUGGAUCUAUCCUCUGGACCUAGGGUGUUUCCCGUUCCACUUAACCAUAGAUUUGUGGACCAUUUACCAUCUUCAAGCAAUUAUGGAGGGAAUGUUUUCCAUUUAAAUGAAGGUGUUAGAGAGUUGUGCAAGAGAAAAGGUACUGAGGGCAGCCUUGGAAAUUUUCAACAUUUUGGUGUUUCUGCUGGACCUAGUAGUUCUCCAGCUACUCCUAUGGCUUGCUAUCAUUUUCAUUAUGGGCUUGCUUCCGAAGCUCCAGCCCCCUUGCCUGAUUAUAGAGGUCAUGGCCUACAUAUGGCACAAAACUACAAUCAUUAUCUUCAAGGAGAUAUUGGAGCUCAGUCCUUCCAUCCAUCCAAUAUUGGCGGUUUGCCGCGGAAUGGACCUCCCAUUUUUUCUUAUUUUCAAGUGAACAAUAUACAUGGAGGCUCUACAAGUUUCUUGCACUCCCCCCCUGUUCAACAACAUCACAAUUUUCUUCCACUGCAUAAUAUGCAAGAUGUGAGAGGUGAUGGUGUCACUUGCUAUCCUCUUUUUUCGGGAGCUCCUAGUAGAUUCUCACCAAAUGAUGGUAUGCAGCAUGAUGUAUCAUCUAUAUUGCAACAUAAUACAGAACAAGCAAGCCGACCAACUGGCCUUAGAAUUUAUCGUUCUCAAGGAAGAAGUCUUGCGCCUGAUGCAGCUUCAAGACGGCGUGAUCUUCCUCGUUUGAGGAAUCUUCUAGUAGAUAGAGUUGCACUUCUUGAAUUUCCCACCUCUUAUGAAGUGGACUAUGAUGUAGAGAGCUUUAUUGAUCAUCAUAGGCAGAUGCGUUUAGACAUUGACAACAUGUCUUAUGAAGAUCUUCUUGCUUUGAGUGAACAAAUAGGAAAUGUAAAUACUGGGUUGUUUGAGGACGACAUAUCAUCUCAUCUAAAAAUCAGACGUUUUAAGUUUAAUGCACCUACUAUCAAUCUGGAGGACCUGCCAUGUACUGAUCAAAACAAUGAAUCAUGUACUAUUUGCUUGGACGAAUAUGAACAUGAUGAUAAGCUUGGAAGUCUGAAGUGUGGACAUGAGUAUCAUGUAGAUUGCUUGAAGAAAUGGCUGCUCCUGAAGAAUGUGUGCCCAAUCUGUAAAUCGUGUGCAUUGCCUGUGGGUGACAAGAAGAAAUAAUGAUCAAAAUUCGUGUUUUGAUUAAACGAAAUAAAAAAGCUUACCUAUUUGCUUUGUCGAAGUAGCCUUAUAUAUAGGUAUACACACGCACGCACGUAUAUUUAACUUUUUAUGAAAUUCAAUGUGUUAUUUUGAUCAUUUAUAUACUGAAUUAUACGCUUCUAAAAAUUAUAAAAAGUUAAUAUA